AAAGAAGAAAGGCUGGAAAUAGAUUUAGUGAACUGAAAGUCUACAAUGUCCAAGACUGACUGAAGCUAGCUUCAUAGAAAGGCAACACUAACCAAUGAGAAGCCCUCAUGAAGUCUUCCAUGAUUACUACAGUGUCCAGCAUGAUACUGGACAUUUAACUCAUCACCCGUAAGAGAAACAUACAAGAAACAAAGUAUAUGCCACAAGGAAUAAAAGUGAGUAACAGCCUGUUAGCCAACAUGGCUUCAUCUGAACAACAAAAACCUUUCAAAUUAGAAAAGCCACUCAAAUGUAAAAGCUUCAGAAAUAUCAGGGAUACAUGCCUCCCUCCCCUGAUGCCUUUGCGCAAAGCAGACUUGAAGCCAGAAAUGGAGAACUACAGGCAUGGCUGUAUGAGGAAUUCCAUGUUUUGUAAUCACCUCAUCCUAAAACCAGAAUUAGGAAGAACCCGAAGAAUUUGCAACAUGUUACCAGGAUCUGAUUUUGUGUAUGGAAUGCAAAAUAACUAUGAAGAUGGCAUGGCUGAAACAAUCAGACAAUGGAGAAAACAUACAGAUACUGCUUCACCGAAAAAACCCCCACAUAAUUUUCUUAACUUUAAUGCAAAAGCUGUACAGGCUGGCUUAGUUACUCCUUCUGAGUACCAUUCAUUGAGAUUGAGUUAUGACCAAACCCAAGCAAUUAAAAAAGCUAUACUGGCUGGCUUUGUUUCUCCUGCUGAUUACCAUGCAUUCAGACUGGGUUAUCUCCAAACUAGACCAAUUAAAAAAAACAAACCACUUCUAGACCAUAUGCCCAAAAAGCAACACAGUGAUCAAAAUGUUACUAUAACUGACCUAAUCCAGCAGAAGUUCAAGAACCAAUGGAUACAGAAAAGAAAUAUGGGAGAUUCAAUUGUUAUAAAGACUUUGUCAAGAUCACACUGA